AUGAUUGAUGAUGAUGAUGCAAUUAAUGAAAUAACUAUUGCAACUGAUGGAAUUAAAAAUAUUACUAAAAUACAAUUGCCUUUGAAUGCUGUAGAAAUUAUGGCUGAUUUGUCCUUUGAAACAUUAAAAAGUUGGAAUUUACCAAAGUUCCAUUUGCAAAUACUUACUCAGAGCCGACCUAAUUCUUUUAGUAGGCUUUUAGAAUCAUUGGAUUCAUCUAUAUACUUUGGAGAUGAAAUUCCUUUGACAAUUAAUAUGAAUAGCUCAGGGUGGUUUGUUGCCAAAGCAUAUUACCCAUAUAGUAAUCAUGAUCAUACAGUUCUACUAGAAGAUGAUAUUGAAAUUAUCACCCUUCUAUUAUAUCUGGUCAAGUAUAUCGCUUUAAAGUAUAUAUAUGGUCCUGAUAAGGUACACAAACUUCCACUUCCUGGUCGCAAGAAAUUUUACCCUGAACAAGUAUUCGACAACACAAGAUAUGAUGUUCGGUCACCUUAUCUUUGUCAGGAUGAUAAUAAUAACUAUAAAGUUCAAUCCAUAAGAAUUCCUUAUAGUCGUUUCAAUAAUUGGAAAAAUUCAUGGAAACAUAUUGCUGAAUAUGAUGAUACUUACAUUCAUUUCCGAGAAGGUAAACAUGAUCCACUAUCAAUAUUGAUGGUGCCACUGAUGGCUGAAAAUGUCAUAUUCAAAGAACUUCCUGGUGGAGCUUUAGCGGAUUAUAAUGAUCUGCCUAAACCAAUUAUUACUACAACUACAACUACCAAAAGACCAGUUAAUGUGUCAAGAACAAGAACAAGACCAACUGAUGUAUCAAAAUCAAAACCAAGACCAACUAAUAGACCAGAACCAAGGGAAACAAGAACCGCAAACACUGCGAAUUCUUGGAAAUCACAUAAAUUUAUACGACAAAAUUUAAAACAAAGUAUGUUGGAAAAUCACAAUGAACUGAUUUAUGGAACUAAAAAUGGAGAGUGGCAAAUAGAUUUAAGACUCAGACCUGUUAUAAGGCAUAAACAAGAACCAUUAUUUGGUGAAUGUGAUAUAAAUAAUCAUUAUUUACAACAAGUACAAUAUUCAUCGCUAGAAACUGACAAAGCAUUAGUUAAAGAAUAUUUUGAAAAUUUAAAAGCUUGUAAGAUUUUAUCGGGUCAAAGAAUUUCAAUAUUUGGUGACUCGACAAAUUUUCAAUUUCAUGAUAUGCUCAUAGAUUAUUUUCAUGAUGGACUAGUUCAAUGUUAUGGUGAACUUUUUUGUAAAUACCAUUCAUUAUCCAAGGAAGAAGAUAGUGAUGACUCCGAAAAACCAGAAUUUGGUGCUUCAUUAUUAAGAUUCAUUAGAAAUGAUCAUUUAACUGUAAGCCAUUCUUUAUUUGAAUCGGGUGAUAUAGAUUUAAAUGUUAUUACAAUUGGUUGGAAACCUUUUAUUGGACAGUAUAAUCUUAUGAUUCUUAAUACAGGACAUUAUUAUCAAGAUGAUGUAUAUUGGUGGUCAAGAUUGUUUGAGAUGGUCUAUACCUGGUCCAGCUGA